AUGAGAGUGGUACCAGGUCCAACAUGGAGCCUACACACUACUGCAAGUCUGAUACCAGUGCGUUCAAUUUUGACGGCCUCUGCAACGAGCCGAGUGCGCAUAACCCUUGACACUAAAGGAUUGAAACUCAACUUUGUCACUCACCUACGCGUUACCUUGGGUGAAGAAAAGAAGGCAGGUCCGCCAGAGGAAAGCUAG